UUAAAGUUAUAUAUCAUCAUUUUCUCUAAAAACUCUCUCAUAUUCGAGCAGAGAAAAAGAAGUACAUAUUUAUAUACAACAAUGAUGGUGAUGAUGAGGGUGUUCGUAGUUCUAGCUCUGGUACAGACAAGUGUAGUGGUGGUGUUUGGAUCAUCAUCGGCAUCAGCAGCAGCAGCAGCUGGUGAUGAAAGCAUUGACUACGGCAGAAUAAGACAAGUGGCAGCACGUAAUAACGUGACUUGUGUGCUGGUUUUUGGAGAUUCGAGCGUGGAUCCAGGCAACAAUAACUUUCUUUCCACCACAAUGAAAGGGAAUUUCCCUCCUUAUGGGAAAGACUUCUUUGGUGGCCUCCCUACUGGCAGGUUCACCGAUGGAAGACUUGCCACUGAUUUUAUAGCCGAAGCAAUUGGCUACACAAAGACCAUACCUGCAUUCCUCGACCCACAUCUAAAGGAGGCUGAUAUGGUUCAUGGAGUUAGUUUUGCCUCAGCUGCUUCAGGUUACGACGAUUUCACUGCCAAUAUUUCGAAUGUAUUACCCUUAUCGUCCCAAAUCAAGUACUUAAUGCAUUUCAAAGUGAAAAUGAGGAGAGUUUUAGGGUACAAAAGGGCAGAAGAGACAGUAAGAAAUGCUGUAUUUGUUAUUAGUAUGGGCACAAACGACUUUCUUCAAGACUAUUACGUGGACCCAACUCGUCCACAUCAGUUCACCCUUGAAGGCUAUGAAAAUUACCUCGUUUCAAAUAUGGCCCAUUAUAUUCAGGAAAUGAAUAGGCUAGGAGGACGAAGAUUGGUGGUGGUAGGUGUACCGCCACUAGGGUGUAUGCCACUUGUCAAAACACUAAUGGACGAAACAAAAUGUGUGGAUAGUUACAACAAAUUGUCUGCCUCAUUCAAUUCCAAGAUAAGUCAGAAACUUGUCUCUCUUAAGUCGGCUUUGAAUAUGAAGAUUGGCUUUGUCGAUGCUUAUAGCAUUGUACUAAAUGCCAUGAACAACCCACAAAAAUAUGGUUUAGAAGAAGUAUCAAAAGGGUGUUGUGGGAGUGGAACUAUAGAGUAUGGCGAUUCGUGCAAGGACAUGGAGACAUGCAAAGACCCGAAUAAGUACAUAUUCUGGGACGCUGUUCAUCCCACUCAGAAAAUGUAUAAAAUCAUAGCAGAUAAUGCCGUCGAGGCUGCUAAUCAGAACCUCUUUAUGUAAUCAUGAAUAUAUGUUUAUGGGUGUACUUAAUUCUUAACUAUAUAUGUAGGCAUUGUUGGCCAUUUGAUUGGGUAUUAUUUAUGUAUGAUCUUCUAAUUCUAUUCUUAUUUGAUAAUCAAUGAUAUUAAUUCUUUGUUUA